ACCUCCUUUGAGCUCCAUUCUAUCUCGAGAGUCUCUUUCAAAGUAUUCCAAAGUUUCCAAGUUUUAGUCUCCUCUUUCUUUAAGAAUCCCUCAAUUUCUCCUCCAUUCCCGGAUUCUUUUCUUUAACAAUCUUUUCUUCCUUUCCUUGUGAUUCCUUCUCUCUUAAUUAUUGUUGUAUACUCUAGUUUCUAUUUUUGGAUGAUUUCUUUCGUUCCAUAAGACUUGGAGGUCCAAUUUAAUUUGGUCUGAAGAAGGAGGAGAUGGGUACUUUGAGUACUGUUGCUCCUGUCCUCUCUUCAAACCCAAAAUCCUCUGUUUUUGUCUCCGGAAGAAGAUCCAAGAAGAAGAAUCAAGCUCUUGUUCCUGUGGCAAGAUUGUUUGGACCGUCGAUUUUUGAGGCAUCAAAGCUAAAAGUACUGUUUUUGGGAGUGGAUGAGAAGAAGCAUCCAGGGUACCUUCCAAGGACUUAUACUCUAACACAUAGUGAUGUAACCUCCAAGCUUACUCUGGCAAUCUCACAGACCAUAAAUAAUUCUCAGUUGCAGGGAUGGUACAACAAAUUAUACAGAGAUGAAGUGGUGGCAGAGUGGAAGAAAGUUAAGGAAAAUAUGUCUCUACAUGUCCACUGUCACAUAAGUGGAGGCCAUUUUCUCCUAGACUGGUGUGCUAGGCUCAGAUAUUUCAUCUUCUGCAAAGAACUGCCUGUGGUGUUGAAAGCCUUUGUUCAUGGAGAUGGCAAUCUGUUCAAAAACUACCCAGAAUUACAGGAAGCUCUGGUUUGGGUUUAUUUCCAUUCGAACAUUCCAGAAUUCAACAGGGUAGAGUGCUGGGGUCCCCUCAAAGAUGCUGGAGCUCCUGGUGGGGCCCCAAAAGAGGAAAAGCAAAAGCAAGAGCAACCUCCCCCAUUAAGCAACUGGGAACUGCCCCAGCCAUGCCAAGAGGACUGUAGCUGUUGCUUCCCACCAAUAAGCUUGAUCCAAUGGUCACAAAAGGUUGCCCAGCAAAGUGAAAAUCAUAGGCCCCACCAUGGGUUGCAGUUCACCAACCUUGAGACCAUCGAAUGACUAUUGAUUCAUCUAUUUGCUAAAUUACGAAAGUGGUGUUGUGAUACUCUCUUAUUUAGUGAUUUAUUUAUCAUAAACGAUGUACAUUUAGGUCAAUUCAUCAGACCACCCAACUUGUACAGAUCGUAUUGGGGUGGGGGUGGGUGGGGUUUGGAGCACUUGCCUGAAAAUCUCUGUUACAUGAAGUGUCUCUGAUUAUUGUCAUGAAA